AUGGCGGCGCGUGGGCGCGCGGCGGCGGCGAUGGCGGCGGCGGAGCGGCGGCUGCCGAGCCUCGACGACUUCGCGGGGAAGAGCUGGAGCGCCUGGGUGGAGCGGGCCGGGCCGCCGGCCGAGCCGGGGUCGGAGCCGGAGGAGAGCAGUAAAAGUGGGAGCAAGAAGCUGGAUGCGAUGACCCUCAUCAAGGAAGACAUGUCGAUCUUCGGCCACUGCCCGGCCCACGACGAGUUUUACCUGGUGGUGUGCAACCACUGCAGCCAAGUGGUGAAGCCUCAAGCCUUCCAGAAGCACUGCGAACGCCGCCACGGCCCUCUGAGCAAGCUGUACGCGCGGGCUGGCUCCGGCACCCCCAAGUGCCACGCUGUCAACGGGCAGCCGCCGGCCUGCGGGGCCCCCGGCGCCGCCAAGGCUCUGCGGGAGAAGGCCCCCGGCGCCCGCGGCCGAGCCCAGCCCCUGCCCGAGCGGCCCGACAAGGCCCAGAAGGACAACCUCUGCCUCUUCAUGCCCGUCGUGAACCUCGAGAAGAUUUCCAGCCUUCCCAAGCCAGACGGGCACGGGAUCAAAGUGCCCCCCAAACCCUCAGCUGUGCCCGGACAACCUUCCUGCAGCUCCAAAGAGCCCCUGGGGAAACCUUCCUUGGCGGCGGCGCCGAAAGGGCCCCCGACGCCGGCCGAAGCAGGAGGCGACUCGGUCGUGCCCGCCGACGGCCCGGCGAGGAAGCCGGAGAGCACGCCCGCUCCCGGGGAGAAGGAGCCGGGCGCCUCCAAGCUGCCCCCUAAGUCCCACAAGAAGAUGGCACGGAAGGAGUGCGACUUGAACAGGCAGUGCGGAGUGGUCAACCCCGAAACCAAAAAGAUCUGCACCCGAUUGCUGACCUGCAAGAUCCACUCGGUGCACCAGCGCCGCGAAGUGCAGGGCCGGGCCAAGGACUUCGACGUCUUGGUGGCCGAGCUGAAAGCCAGCUCCCGCAAGGGCGAGUCCCCCAAGGAGAAGAGCCCGCUGCGGAAGGAGGCUCUGCCCGAGCGCCUCUGCCAGGACGCCUCCUCGCUGCCGCAGCCCCCCGCCGCCCUGCCCAGCGCGUCCCCCUGCCGCGCCAAGCCGCCCCACUCCCACGGCCCGCUCCCCAGGUCCCGGCUUUCCUCCGAAAGCGAUGCCGAGGACCCGCCGGCGGCCUCCGGCGAGGGCGACGCGGGGCUCUACCCCUUCCCCCUGCCCAAGGGGAGCAGCCGGGUGUCGAGCGACGAGAGCGAAGAGGAGGCGGGCGAGGACGCUCACCGCCCGGACUGCCACUACGCCUCGCGCCCGCCGCGGCCGCAAGCGUUCUGCACCUUCGGGAGCCGCUUGGUCAGCCCGGGCUGUUACGUGUUCAACCGGCGGCUCGACCGCUUCUGCUCGGCGCUGGGCUCCAUGCUGGAGAGGCAUCUCAGCUCCCACAUGUGGAAGAAGAUCCCGCCGGCUGCCGACCCCCAGCUCCACGCCGCCCCGGCCCCCAGCGGCCAGAGCUGCGGCCCCGGCGGCCCGGCCCCCCCGCCUCCCGGCGGCCCCGCGCGGACCUCGGCGGCCUGCCCGGCCGCAGCCGGCGCCCGCGACGCCCGGCCGCCCGCCAGCCUCGGCUACACGGUGGGCUCGCCGCACGCGGCGGCCGCCUGCAGCCAGCCCGAGGGCCCCGGCGGCGGCAGCAGCCAGUCCAUCACCUCCCCGUUGCCCGCCAACAUCCCCUCGCCGUCCUUCAGCAAGUUGCCUUCCACCAAGGCCAGCAAAUCUUCCAAAGCCAAGGAGCCGGCGGGCAGCGCCGAGCCGGACGCCGCGGCCCGCAAGCGCAAGCAGCCCCUGGGCGCCGCCGCCGGCCCCCCCUACAAACGGACCUGCCUGGCGGACUCGGCCAAGGGCAAAGCCCCCGGCUGCCAGGUCUCCCACCCUCCCGGCAAGACGAAACCCUCACUGGGCUGCCCUUCCUCCUCUUCGUCGUCGUCGUCAUCCUCCUCCUCCUCCUCCUCCUCCUCCCUCAACGGUUUGGUGGCUCCGGGCUCCCGGGUGAAACGGGCCAGCCCGCUGGACUGCAGGGCCACCGGCCACCUUCCUCCGCCGCCGCCGCCGCCGCCUCCUCCUCCUCCUUCUCCGGUGAAAGCCUCGCAGCUGGAAAACCGCAGCUCGCCGCUCAACGGGCCCAAGGCGCUGGCGGCGAACUGCAUCUCCGACGCGGAGGCCAAGAGGCGCAAGAACGCCGCCACGUACUGCCGGCCCGUCAAGCCCAAGCACGCCACCCCCCCGCCGGCGCCGGCGCCCUCCGACUCGGGCUGCUCCGUCCGCAGGAAGAAGCCGGGGGCCCCCCCGGGCUUCGAGGAGAAGCGCAGCGCCCUGAAGUCGAAAGCACAUUAACGGAGGUGCCCGCCGCAGGUCCGUGCCCGGGGAGCCCCGCGGCACCCUCGGAGCCGCCGCUUGUCUUUUUUAUAACUUUAUAUUAUUUUUUCUAAAGCGAGCGCAAAAAGCCGCCAAACAAACCAGACACCACACAAAGGCCGAGAAGGAGAGAAAAAAAGAACUCCAGAAAAAUACCUCAAGACUCUUUUUUUUCCUGUUCUGUUGCUGCUAAACGAGAGCCCGCCCGAGGAGAAGAGCCGCCACCGAACGGCGCGGGAAAACGGACUUGGAGCCAGCCAAGCCCCGCGAGCGCGGGGCCGGGGCGGAGGACCGGCCGCAGGAGGCGGCCGCGGGGCCGGGCCGGGAUAUUUAUAAGAAUUACUAUUGCUGUUUUUUGUUUCUUUUUUUUAAAAAAAAAAAAAAAAAAAGAAAGAAAG